AAGAGGUUGAAUCUACAUUAAAACUCUGGUUCACAAACGUUCGUGAGAGGGACGCUCGUGUUAAUGGUCCAAUUUUGCGCCAAAAAGCUGAAGAUUUAGCUGCAAAAUUGGGUAAAGGAAACUUCGUAGCCACAGAAGGAUGGUUCCACCGCUGGAAAAAGAGGCAGAACAUACUCUUCCGAAGGACACAUGGUGAACAAAAAGAUGCCGAUAAUGUAGCCGCAGAUCAGUGGAUUAAAGAAGAAUGGCCUAAACUUAUUGCCGUAUAUUCACAUGAAGAUGUAUAUAACGCAGAUGAAACUGGCCUAUAUUUUCGUGCGUUGCCUGAACACACCUACAUGUUUCAGAAGGAAAGUACGCAAGGGUGUAAAACCUCCAAGGAACGCCUAACUGUGCUAUGUUGCGCUAGUAUGACCGGCACUAAAGAAAAACUUUUAGUGAUUGGAAAAAGUAAGAAGCCCCGCUGUUUCAAAGGUGUGAAAAAUCUGCCCGUCGAUUAUUUUGCCAACAAAACGGCGUGGAUGACUACCACCAUCUUUAACGAAUGGCUGUUGAAAUGGGACAAGCGACUAAAACGGAACAUACUCCUGCUCAUAGACAACUGCACUGCGCAUGAUGUAACUGUUUCAUUAAAAAAGAUAAAUAUCGUGUUCUUACCACCAAACACCACUUCUUUAAUUCAACCGUGUGACCAGGGAAUUAUCCGCACCUUGAAGGCAUAUUACAGAAAGGAAAUGCGUUCAAGGAUCUUAGAAAAUAUGGAAGACCAAGACGCUGAAGAUCUUAAUGCGAACGCUCUAGCCAAAAAAACAAAUGUUUUGGAUGCCAUACAUUUGUUAACAAUGUCAUGGAAUAAUGUCUCGGAAAAAACAAUUCGAAAUUGUUUUAGUCAUGGAGGAUUUUGUCAACCAGAGGACAACAAUGCUGCUGUAAUGAAAGAAAUGGAAGACGUUUUCAAUCCCCCGCCCGAUAUGAAUGCUGAGGAUUUUGAAGCAUGAAUGGAGAUCGACGAGAAAGUUGAGACUUCUACUUCGUUAACUGAUUAGGACAUUUGCGAAGCCGUAUGUGUCAAAGAUCCAGCUUCGUCACAAGAUACUGAUGCCGAUGAUGAACCCGAAAGUGCUAUCGAGGACAAAAUUCCGACGCCUGCUCAGAUGAGGGAGGCACUUCGAGUCUUACGUCUAGGUGUGCAAAACAAAGCCGACGCGUAACACUUUCAUAAACAUUAUGAUUAUGAGCGAUUUGUAAAGGACUUGCUUAGAAAGAAUGCUAAACAAUCGACAAUUGAUGAUUUCUUUUUCAGUUAAUAAUAAACCUUUUGUAUUUCGUAUUGUUUUCUGCAGUUCAUCAUUAAAUAUGUAAGUGUACUAACUUAUUCUUUUUCUUUAGUGUACAUUAAUUUCUAUUAAAUACUAUGGAGUUUUACAGCAACAACUCGUUUAUUUUAAUAUGUAUGUAAAAAAAAUAAGUUUUUAGCAAAAUUUUUUUUUCGUUUACCGUAUUGUAAUCAAUCUGUUAUUGUUAUCAAAUCACGUUCGUCCUGAUGUGAUCACAUUAAGCGGCGUCUACUGUAUAAAAAUUCCAGUAUGUUUUAUUUAAAAUGAUUGAAAGUAUAAAUUUUAUUUUGCAAUUUUUUUUUGGUAAAUAGUUGUUUUUCUAGUAAAUACUUCAGAACUUCGUUUUCAACAGUUAAACUUAAAAACUGGGUUCGUGAUUUUUUUAAAGAAAAUCCA